CAAUAGUAACCUCUGAGUAGGCAAUCAUGUUCAAUCGACUUCGUUACUUUUACAAAAAUGUCCUGUAUUUGCCAGUUCUAUUCUCCCGGUGAGGAAGUUCCCGGAGACCUUGCAACAGUUUCUUUGCCUACAACUGAUGACAUUCCUUCAGGCCCAAGCCCCGAAAACAAGGUUGAUAACGAAUCCUCUGAGGGAAAGCCUUCCGAAACUGGAGUGUCAGCCUCCGAUCUGGCCGACUGUCGUGCAGAAAACUGGCUGCUUAAGAAGAAGUUGCUGGAGGACGAGGUAACCAUUGCAAAUUUGGAGCAGCUGGUGACAACUAUAGUCGAGAAGCAGCAUCAAAUCCUGAGCGAAAUGUUUUACUUGCGAAAGGAGAAUCGAGAGCUGCAGUCCGAGUGCCAUCUUCAACGCGAGUAUCACUCAAUGGAGAGGAAUGCACUGAUGAGGGAGUUGCAUGACGCCCGGAGCUUGAGUCGUGGCCGAAGCUUUUUAUUGGGAUGUCGAUCUACUGGAAGUAAAGGAUCCUCUGGUACUGACUGUGAAGAGGAAAAUAUCAGCGAAUUGGACGACGAGGAUCAAUGUGAAAACGAUUGCGACAGCAAUGAAGAUCAGGGCUUGGACCCCGAAGAAAAUUAUGAGGCACCAAGUUCGGAAGAAAAUUCCGGUAGGACCUCUCCGUCUUCAUCUGACUCAGAGUCUGGUGACACGGAUGACAACAUGUCUCGUGAUUACAGAAGUAGUGACGAUGUCCCCAACAGUAAUAGCGACACAGAAUGACCGUACAAAAAAAUCAGUGCUUUAAGAAUUUGAAUUUAUAUUUUUCUGAAGAAAUACAUUUAAAACUUUAAACUGAA